UCUUCCUCCUCGGUGCGGGCGGGCGCGCGCGGCGAAGCCGGAGGAGCCGGAGGAAGCCGAGGCGCGAUCGGCGCGCUCGGGAGGCGGCGGCGGCGGCACCUCCCGUCGGCCUCCGACAGGACUGACGGCGGCGCGACCGCAGAAGGGACCUUCUUUCAGAGACGUGCGAGAGAGUGAGAAGGCAAAAAUGAGGGUAGCAGGAGCCGCAAAGUUGGUGGUGGCCGUGGCGGUGUUCUUACUGACCUUCUAUGUUAUCUCCCAAGUAUUUGAAAUUAAAAUGGAUGCAAGUUUAGGAAAUCUAUUUGCUCGAUCCGCGCUGGACUCUGCCAUUCGUUCUACGAAACCUCCGAGGUACAAGUGUGGGAUCUCAAAAGCGUGCCCAGAGAAGCAUUUUGCUUUUAAAAUGGCUAGCGGAGCAGCCAAUGUAGUGGGACCCAAGAUCUGCCUGGAGGACAAUGUUUUGAUGAGUGGUGUGAAGAAUAAUGUUGGAAGAGGAAUAAAUGUUGCCUUGGUAAAUGGGAAAACGGGGGAAGUGAUAGACACCAAAUUUUUUGACAUGUGGGGAGGAGAUGUGGCACCAUUCAUUGAGUUUUUGAAGACCAUACAAGAUGGGACAGUAGUGCUGAUGGCAACGUACGAUGAUGGAGCAACCAAACUCACAGAUGAGGCCCGGCGGCUCAUUGCUGAACUGGGGAGCACUUCCAUCACCAGUCUUGGUUUCCGAGAUAACUGGGUCUUCUGUGGUGGGAAGGGCAUUAAAACAAAGAGCCCCUUCGAACAGCACAUAAAGAAUAAUAAGGAAACGAACAAGUACGAGGGAUGGCCUGAGGUGGUGGAGAUGGAAGGAUGUAUCCCCCAGAAGCAAGACUGACGGGAAGGCACGAGCGAGAGGCGAGGAGGAAUGCACUUUGACUCUGCAGGAGAGCUGUCAGGCAGCCGCUCUGUGUACAUAUUUCAGUAGCAUGUGGCCGUCCAGGGUGUGCAUGAGCAAGACCGUCUCUGUCAGUUCCAGGAUUAUUUAUUGCUAACAGAAAUGGCUACCUUUGUAAAUAGUCCUCAUUGAGCCAAUCACUGAACUAUUUGUAAGCACAUUUCCCUGAAAGUACAAUGUGUAGACGACAAUGGCAAUAAUGUAUUUUAAUUCUAAAAGCAUAUUCAGGGGGUAACCACGCAGGUUGUACAGGAAGCUGAUAUUUAUCCUGGUUGCUGGGAAACCCUAUCAUGGAAUGACAUGGCUUUUAGGGAGGAGAUUUUGUUCGUAUAUGUGUCUCUGUAUAAAUAUCUGGCAUGUGAUGACAGUAUCCUUUAAAUUAAAGAGAAUUUUUUGGCUAGUUGUAUGUGUACUGUCACCUUACAGUCCAACUCCUGUUGUAUCUUUUCACAGUCUUUAUUUUUGUCCUUCCAAAGAAAUUCGGAAAUAAAAUGUUUCACAUGAAAAUU